GACUUUUGUCAAGUUGGUACAUUCACCCUUGUCACAAACUCUCAUACUGUUUUUAUUAUCUGGCGUUGUAUUUUUUUUUUAAUUCCCACUCUGCAUUGCUUCAUUCAUCCGUUCUGGCCGACAGGUUUGAUUUUCUUUACCUUUUUUUUUUUUUUUUUUUUUUUCUCCAACGAUCGGAAUCAUGUUUCAUGUGCUCGUCAACUGGCCGGUUUAAUUCAAUUCUAUUCGAUUUUUUUUUUCCUUGGCUUUGGGCUGAUCGGAGACGGAGGACUUUUUUCUUGGUGGGACUCUACUUUUUACUUCAUCCCCGUCUUUUUUUUUUUUUCCCAUCCAUGACCAUCUUGAUGCAUGUUUGUCUUACUGGUUCCAUGCCCCCUUCUCCUUUGGUCAGACAUCUACUAAAAAAAAAAAAAAAAGGUGAUACUCCCCUUAUUCCUGGUUGUUUCCCCCAUCCUGUGCCUUUCUAUUCUUUCACUGUGAUUUAGUCAGCAGUGUGCUUUUUUUCUUCCUUUUUUUUUUUUUUUUUUUUUUUUUUUCUUCCCACUU